GCUGGAGUGUGAUGAUGAAGACACAGACAUCAGGAGUCAGAGAAGAUGAUCAGAUGAAAACUGAAGAAAGAACACAAUAUCAACAUGUCAACCACCGAUACCACAGUGAUUGUCGUCCACAAUCCUCCUCGCAGGAGAAGAUGGAGCAAACAUGAACCUCCUCAGAUGAGGAUUGUUCUUCUGGGUUGGAGCGUGUCUGAAAACAGUGAUGUGGGAAACUUCAUAUUAGGACGAGCAGCGUUUGACAGUGAAGCUCCUCCAGAUGUUGUAGAGAGAGUCUCAGGAAGACUGAAGGACAGACACGUGAUCAUCAUCAACAGUCCUCAGCUGCUCCAGACCAACAUCUCAGAUCAUCAGAUCACACAGACAGUGAGAGAGUGUGUCCAUCUGUCUGAUCCAGGACCUCAUGUCUUCAUACUCGUACUGCAGCACAAACACUUCACUGAGGAGAACAGAUACAGAGUGGAAUACGUGCUGGAAACAUUCAGUGAAGAGGCCAUUAAACGCACUAUAGUGAUCACCACUGAUGAAGGGGCAUCUGUGAAAGUUAACGAAUUUAUUAAACAACUAACUGCUAAAUGUGGAGGAGAACAUAUUCAAUUUAAUAAUGAAAUAGAGGAAUGGUGCUCUAUAAUAUCACAAUGAUUGGAGAAGAUACUUGAAGAAAACUAUGGAGAAUUUCUCACAUGUGAGCUGUAUCAUGAUGCAAAAGAAAAACUGCUGGAUGAGGAUCAGAACAGAACUUUUGCUUCACUCAGAACAGAGGGAAAAAAGUU